AUCGACGAAGACUGCAGAGCUCACGUUCUCAGCGAGCGCUCGAAACAAACUUAUCAGGGAGAGAGAGGGAAAAAAAAAUCGAACGAAGAGAGAGAAGGAGAGAAUGGAGGAUUUUAAGAAGAGGAAGAUGGAAGAGACGGGUAACGGCGGUGAAUCAACAACGCAAGAAGAGAUGCGGUUGCUUCUUGACCCCCUCGCCAAAUCUCAGCUCGUCGAUCUUCUCUCUAGACUUGGACCCCAAUAUCCUUCAAUUGCAGAAGAAAUUAAAAGUCUGGCCAGUGCAGAUCCAGUCCACCGAAAGCUUUUUGUCCGUGGCUUAGCCUGGAACACUACUUCAGAUACCUUGUGUGAUGCAUUUCGUAUGCACGGUGAAAUAGAGGAAGGGGCUGUGAUCUAUGACAAAGCCACUAGUAAAUCACGUGGUUAUGGUUUCAUCACUUACAAACAUAUGGAGUCAGCUCACAGUGCAUUGAGAGCACCCAGCAAAGUGAUUGAUGGUCGGAUGGCUGUGUGCACUCUAGCUUGCGAGGGAUUAAAUGGAGUAAGUGGUACUCCUGACUUAGCCCAGCGAAAACUCUAUGUUGGCGGUUUGUCACCAAAUGUCACAAGUGAGAUGCUGCUUAGUUUUUUUGGGAGGCAUGGUGAAAUUGAAGAAGGUUCUGUUGCAUAUGACAAAGAUACAAAUGAAUCACGUGGGUUUGGUUUUGUUACAUACAAGACAGUGGAGGCUGCGAAGAAAGCUAUAGAUGAUCCACAGAAGAACCUUGGGGGGAGAAAUGUGAUUGUGAAGCUUGCCGAUUCGAAAGGCAAAACUGUACAGACGCAUUUACCCGCAACUAUGGUUCCAGUACCCAUGCCUCUGGCAGCUGUUUACUCUCAGCCUGGGAACACACAUAUUGGUUCCGCCCCUGUUGGAUAUACGUAUCCGCAACCUGUAGCAUCAUCAUACUCAAAUGCUUCUUAUCCCAGUCCUCCCUCAGUACCCAUGCCAUACCCUGCUCAAUCUCAAGUUUCUUAUGCGCCGGGGGCACCUACAGGAAUGGGCGGGUAUCCAUACUACCUUCCUAAACAAUAACUGAAGUGCAUUCUAAUCGCGGUAACAUUGAACAGCUGCCUUUGGUUCCCCUCGCACGCUGCCCCUUUAUGGUAUUAGUAGUGGAUGAUUUGUGUCCCGACCCUGUCCAUUAGUUUGGCUUUUGUCGCCAUUUUAUUUACCCAAUUGAACCAUAAGUUAUUUUCAGUAGGCAUCGGUAGUCCUUUGAAUUGCAUGGAAGCUGAGAUCUUGAUAUUUUAUGUGAGAUGGUGGUUUUAUUUGAAUUCUCGGAUAAACUUAGGGUAGCAAGAGCCCUGUAAGAGAGUAUGCACGCCUGUACUGCUGUUCUUAUUUUUUAUUUUAUUUUUGCAAUGCAUAAGCUCCAUCUAUGGUUCGAAA